AUGGCUUCUAAUCAGGAAAAGUUGGACAAACCCAUCGCAGCUGGGAUCGUGCAGGGUGAAAAGAAUGACAACCCCCUAGUCUUUUCAAGCCCCGAGCCUUCCACGCAAGACAGCUCGCGACAUGGGGACAAAGAACAUCAGGCUCAAGAGGAGCAUCCAUCGCCGCAGCAACCUAUCCUAGAGGAGACGUCGAAAGAUUUCACGACCAUGCCUCCCGGCCCAGCUCCUGAGCCUUUUCCAGAGCAGAAUCUCCCAAGACCCACGAGCGAAUUCACGAACGAAUUCAUGAACCCUGCUGCGGACAAGAUCCCAAAAGAAUCCAUCCUCGCUUUGUUUCCCAACGAGGAAGCAUGGAAAAUCCAGUCGACUACCGCGAGGGAGAACUCUCGCUUGCACAGAAAGGCCGUCAUGGCACAAGUCCUGCACCUCAGCUGUCUCAAGAACUGCGUCCUCCCAGAACUGCUGCAUCGAGGCAAUCUGCUCGCCCAAGCCACCACCUUCCCUUCCUCGGUCAUUACUCAAAGCAUCAUUGACAACCAACGCGCGUGGAUCACCUGGGCCGUCUCACUCAACGAGACCAUAACCAACGUCCUCAAGCAGAUCAAUUGGCUCGACCUCCUCGAAGCCGAGUACGUGGCCGCCGAUCCGCUGUGGACAAGUUUCUGGCGCCUACACCAAGAAGAAGUCGAGCAACAACAAAAACCUGCCUCCGCCGACCCGCCCUCGGCGGACCAAGAGAUGCCACCACCAUCCGCCACUGCGACCAUGCUUGAAUUGGAAGAGAUAUAUGUGAGACUGGCCAACCAUAACCGACGCAGACUGUUCCUGCAGAUGAAGAUGAUGGAUGGCAGAGACUGGGUGGCGCGACUGUUUGAGGAAUUGCCCCCGUGGAUCGAGUGGGAAGAGGCUGUCAGGGCCAUGUUGAAUGCCGAGGCAGGUCGGCGAUAUCAGGACGACGAAUCGGGCCAGGAGCAGGAAAGUGGCUUUGUCGAGGAAAUGGAGGACGAGGAAGAAUUCGAGUUGUAA